UAGUUUAUAGAGACCAAUUCUCACAUAAUUUUGCAUGAAUAAUAUAUGUAUCAAACAUAUCCGAUAACGUACUGCUGACGCCGCGUCACAGAGCAAACUGGUUACCAUGGCAACGCCAAACAACGCUUCAAACACAAGAGGAGAGCUGACACACUGCCGUUCGUCGAAACCCACCUGAUAUUCACCAAACAUGUACAAGGUUGAUUUACCCGUGGAUGAGUCUGCGCUGCGGGCGGUGGAGCGGCGUCGGGCCGCGGAGGCUGAGCGCAAGAACCGAAUCUUCAACAGCAGAAGCCGAGUGAUCGGCGUUGACCUGCGCGCGCUUCACAAACAGCGGGAGGAGAAACAAGAACGACUGGAGAUGGACAAACAGCGAGACAUGGCUCAUGAUCUGUUGCGCUUGUCCCUGGAUGAAAUGGCAAUGCAACAGAAAAAAGGGGAAGAGGAGCUGCGAAGAGAGUUGGCUCAGGACUUGGUACAAUAUAGAGCGAUACAUCAACGAGCUGAAGACAGUCGUGAUGCAGAUGUCAAUUACGGCCGACAGGCGGCGCCAGACGCCAGCAUUUCUGUCUCGGGCUCUGCAUUGGGACCCGCCAGUAUGCAAGUAUUUUUGGGAGAAGGAAUGAAUGAAAAUGAAAAGAAGAAAGCUCAGAUGGAAAUAAACAACAAAAAAAAGACAGACAGAAAAAAAGGAGAAGAAAAAAAAAGGAAAAGAAGAGAACAAAAAAACAGAGAGCUGCUAACUGGCAGGGAGUUGGUGGAUAAAGACCUCAGGGCAGUGCAGCUGAAGGCCCUGGAGGAGAAGUGUAAAAGAGCAGCCCACAUUGCACUCAGUCAGUACAAUCAAGCUCAGGCUGAAGAGAGGAUGGAGAGGGAACAACAAGAGAGACUGAGGAGAGAGGGAGAGGAGCUGGCAGAGGUGCGGUACAUGGUGACCUCUGACCUCCUGACAGAGCGACCAGAGGCUGCCAAGAGAAAAACCGAAUCCUCAGCAGAGGGUCCACGAGUCCUGACCGAUCGCUGGAAGGGCAUGACCCCACAGCAGAUCAGUGAAAUCCAAAGAAAGAGAGAAGAACAGUGUUUGGAGAAAGAGAGACUGAGAGAGAUGGAGAGACAGAGAGAUGUGGCCUGGGAUUACCAUCUGACAGAGCAGGCCAGACAGCAGGAGAGAGAGAAGAAUAGAGACAAGGAGCUGAAUAGAGAGAGGAGAAUUCAGCUCGAUAAAUACAAUCAACAGCUGGCACGAGAGCAUCAAGCUCACCAACACUACCUGGACAAGCAGCUGUAUACAAACCGUCCCACAGUUCACUACUUCACCCAGUUCAACACAAGCUCUCGAUAAAGCACCAUCCCAUUCCAUCCUCUCAUCUGAUCAUUCUCCUGCACGACAAAUAAAGUGCUACUGGAUUUCAAA